UUUGUGUCCACUCACCCUGCAGUUCCAGUGCUGUCCUUACGACUGGGAUUGCUCUGACUCAUACCUGAUCACGACGCCAAAGAAGUGGGUUAGAGGACAGGAAGCGUCCGUCUGCGUCUUCCUAAUUGGUGCACCAGAUUUCAAUUUAAGUUUCUCGCUCAAAGACGAUUUGGAGGUUGUGUCCCAGGUCAGCUUAGUACAAACGGCUGCAAGCGGAUACCAUUGCGUGAAUGUGACAGUUCCCAGCAGCAUUGGCUAUACUUCUGUGCUAGAAAUUUCUGGAAAAAUAAACAGCGCGUCCAUCUCCGAAAAACGCGACCUGAUUCUUGUGUCCCUCAUGCAGGCUUUUAUUCAAACCGACAAGUAUCUGUACAUGCCUGGCCAGUUAGUACAAUUCCGCAUCCUGACCAUUACUGGAGCGAAAGCUCUCGUUUCUUAUGAAGAUAUUCCUGAGAUAUGGAUCAACUCACCGAAAGGCAGUAGGUUGACUCAGUGGAAAAACACUCCCAAUCCAGCUGGACUGCUGCAGUUGGACUUCCAGUUAGCUGAGGAAGUGGAAAAGGGCACUUACCAGAUUUUCGUGAGGACCAAAGAGACAAAAGCAUCGCAGAGUUUCAAAGUGGAAGAAUAUGUGUUGCCAAGAUUCAGCCUCACCAUUCAGCCACCCCCUUAUGUUCUGGCAACCGACAAAGAAAUAAUUUUCUCUGUAUGUGCCAAGUACACCUAUGGUCAGCCGGUUAACGGGACCCUCACGCUGUCUUUGGGCAAUUCGUAUUCAUAUUAUUCUUAUUACUACGACGAUCAAUCAACCCCGUUUCUAUAUGUGGAGAAGACAUUCAGUGGUUGUGACGAAGUCAGUGUAGCAACGGAUGACAUUGGCUACGCCGGAUAUCAAAUAGAAGUGAAAGGUUCUUUUGUCGAAGAGGGAACAGGCAACGUCGUGAAUACCACAGCCACUGUGGAAGUGCAAUAUCAAUCCCAUAAUUUAGAAACUAUUACCACUGAAGAAAGCUUGAAACCGGGACUGCCGUUUAAUUUCAGAGUGAAGGUGACUAAACUAGGUUCUCCGACACCCGAGGGCGAAAUUGUUACAGUAUGUCCGACCUAUGGCUAUCCUUGUAAAAACUACACAGUGGAUGAAUCCGGUAUAAUCAACGCCAUCGUUCCUCCUCACUAUUUUGAGGAUUACUCAAAUUUCUAUUUGAGGGCAGAAGCCCUCGGUGGAUCUCAGGAAGGCAAUUUGGGCUGGCUAUAUCCUGGUUCGGCCAUAGCAUUCCAGAGAAAAUUCUUUUCUCCAUCUCAAUCCAGUCUCAGCCUGGGGUUGCUGCCUAAGUCACACGAAUGUUCAACUAAUGGAGAAACAAUCACAAUCCCUGUGAUGUUUGUAGCUAACGACACUUCUUCCAUCUUUCUCCACAUCCAGGUGUUCUCGAGAGGUCAGAUCACCUACAUCAGCGAAGAAGCACAUGACUUAACUCCAAAUGACCUCCCAAUCAGCGAGUCAGAUCUUCUGGAGCCUUUGCAACCACUCAAUGACAGCAGCCUCAUCAGAGGAUACUUCAACAUUGACAUUCCCUUAGGGCCAUUGACUUCACCUUAUCUUAAGGUCCUGAUAUGGUACUCCCGCAGCGAUGGUGAGGUCGUAUCAGCCUCUGCAAAGGCUGACGUGAGCAAAUGUCUCAGGAACCCGACCUCUCUCAGGUGGGAGACGAAAACGGACGCUUUGCCCUCUCCAAAGGAUGACGUCACUCUUGUCCUUUCGUCCGCGCCGAGCUCCGUCUGUGGCUUAGGGGUGGUGGAUGAAAGCGUUGAACUGCUCUCUGGAGGGCAGCGAGGAACCCCGACACUUGAAACAAUAUUCAAGUUGUUUGAAGAAGCAGAAGUUAGCGAGUGGGAAAACUCACAAGUCAAUGAUUAUCUUUAUUGCAAUGGCAAUAACGAAAACCCUGUUAUCGGUAAGUACUAUUAUGAUUAUGGUACUGCAGUGCCAAAUAAGCAUUAUACUGAAGCACUUCGAACGCCUCCUGACCCUGUCCACAGCGAGAGUGGCGAGACGGCAAAGGAGGUCGAACUUCCGGACACUGUGACGACGUGGGUGGGCGAGGCCAUCUGCCUCCAUCCAGAGUUGGGCAUCGGACUGAGCCCCAAAUCCUCCAUCACCUCCUUCGUGCCCUUCUUCCUGGACCUCAGUCACCCAGCCACUGCCCGCAGGAACGAGAAAGUCCCCGUCCUGGUCUCCGUCUUCAAUUACCUGACCGAAAGUCUGCCUGUGACCGUUGAGUUGCUGCCAAGCGCCGAAUACACGUCUCCGACAUAUUCGACGAAGACCUGCGUCUCCGGCAGCGGGAAGGAAGUGGUGCAGUUCCUGGUGGUGCCUCUGGAGGCCGGGGACGUCAACCUCACCUUCAGUGCCUCCAUCAACACUGCCGACGGAAGUCAGCUCACUCCCACAGUCGAGGCUCAGCUUCUGAACUACAUGAAAACAGGAUAUAUCGAGGUGGCAAUAGGCAAGAGAACCCCAACUGUAGGUUUUGGGUCUACGAUUAAACCCCCUGAUGGGGUACCGAUAGAUUUCACGCCUGCCCUAAAACCUCCCAGUGGGGUGCCGAUAGAUUUCACGCCUGGACCAACACCUCCCAGUGGGGUGCCGAUAGAUUUCACGCCUGGACCAACACCUCCAGUGGGCAAGAAUCCAUCACCAGCUAUUGUCGCAGGACCUGGAACGGGCUUCAACGUACCUAGCUGGUGUGAAGGCUCAACCUGUGAUGGACCUCCUUCAGAUAACUGCACAGCACUGAGGUCACCCUAUAGCUGUUGUCCAGAUUAUGUAUGUGACGGCUCUCUUAUUACAACAUGCAGAUCGGACAGGGGUCAGUACUACGCCAUUGGGGACACCUGGAGCCCAGCCGACGAGCCUUGCAAGAAGUGCACCUGUCAGGCGGACGGAGACGCCACCAAAACCGAAUGUGUCGCCAGAAACUGCCCCGAUCCGCCAGGCCCCAAUUGUCGUCCACUCACCCUGCAGUUCCAGUGCUGUCCUUACGACUGGGAUUGCUCCGACUCAUACCUGAUCACGACGCCAAAGAAGUGGGUUAGAGGACAGGAAGCGUCCAUCUGCGUCUUCCUAAUUGGCGCACCAGAUUUCAAUUUAAGUUUCUCACUCAAAGACGAUUUGGAGGUUGUGUCCCAGGUCAGCUUAGAACAAACGGAUGCAAGCGGAUACCAUUGCGUGAAUGUGACAGUUCCCAGCAGCAUCGGCUAUGCUUCUGUGCUAGAAAUUUCUGGAAAAAUAAACAGCGCGUCCAUCUCCGAAAAACGCGACCUGAUUCCAGUGUCCCUCAUGCAGGCUUUUAUUCAAACCGACAAGUAUCUGUACAUGCCGGGCCAGUUAGUACAGUUCCGCAUCCUGACCAUUACUGGAACGAAAGCUCUCGUUUCUUAUGAAGAUAUUCCUGAAAUAUGGAUCAACUCACCGAAAGGCAGUAGGUUGACUCAGUGGAAAAACACUCCCAAUCCAGCUGGACUACUGCAGUUGGACUUCCAGUUAGCUGAGGAAGUGGAAAAGACAUUCAGUGGUUGUGACGAAGUCAGUGUAGGAACGGCUGACAUGGGCUACGCCGGAUAUCAAAUAGAAGUGAAAGGUUCUUUUGUCGAAGAGGGAACAGGCAACGUCGUGAAUACCACAGCCACUGUGGAAGUGCAAUAUCAAUCCCAAUAUUUAGAAACUAUUACCACUGAAGAAAGCUUGAAACCCGGACUGCCGUUUAUUUUCAGAGUGAAGGUGACUAAACUAGGUUCUCCAACACCCGAGGGGGAAAUUGUUACAGUAUGUCCGGGCUAUGGCUAUCCUUGUAAAAACUACACAGUGGAUGAAUCCGGUAUAAUCAACGCCAUCGUUCCUCCUCACUAUUUUGAGGAUUACUCAAAUUUCUAUUUGUGGGCAGAAGCCCUCGGUGGAUCUCAGGAAGGCAAUUUGGGCUGGCUAUAUCCUGGUUCGACCAGCACAUCCCAGAGAAAAUUCUUUUCUCCAUCUCAAUCCAGUCUCAGCCUGGGGUUGCUGCCUAAGUCACACGAAUGUUCAACUAAUGGAGAAACAAUCACAAUCCCUGUGAUGUUUGUAGCUAACGACACUUCUUCCAUCGUUCUGCACAUCCAGGUGUUCUCGAGAGGUCAGAUCACUUACACCAGCGAAGAAGUACACGACCUGACUCCAAAUGACCUCCCAAUCAGCGAAUUAGAUCUUCUGGAGCCCUUGCAGCCACUCAAUGACAGCAGCCUCAUCAGAGGAUACUUCAAUAUUGACAUUUCCUUAGGUCCAUUGACUUCACCUUAUCUUAAGGUCCUGAUAUGGUACUCCCGCAGCAAUGGCGAGGUCGUAUCUGCCUCUGCAAGCGCUGACGUGAGCAAAUGUCUCAGGAACCCGACCUCUCUCAGGUGGGAGACGAAAACGGACGCUUUGCCCUCUCCCAAGGAGGACGUCAGUCUCGUCCUUUCGUCCGGGUCGAGCUCCAUCUGUGGCUUAGGGGUGGUGGAUGAAAGCGUUGAACUGCUCUCUGGAGGUCAGCGAGGAACCCCGACACUUGGAACAAUAUUCCAGUUGUUCGAAGAAGCAAAAGUUAUCCAGUGGGAGAAUUCACAAGUCAAUGAUUAUCUUUAUUGCAAUGGCAAUGAUGAAAACCCUGUUAUCGAUUAUGAUUAUGGUACUGCAGCACCAGAGGCCGGAGUGUAUGUUAUAAGCGAUCUGACGCUGGAGACAAGGCCGUGUCAAAGGGAACAGUUCGAACAAGUAUUAUUUAGAACGCGAAGUGUGUCAGUUUCAUCUCUAGUCAUGACAAGACACAACCACAGAGGGAAUGGGGGUGGGGGUGGGAGCAGACCACCUCAGUGGCCAAAUCCAGGACCCAGUGAGACGAGGAGUGAUGGGGAAGACGCUGACUAUGAUAAUGUGGGUAGAGGUGGAGGUGGAGGCGUAUUAGAACCAGCCCCGACAGCUCCCGCAGCAGCUCCCGAUGAAAAUUUCAAAUGCCCUUCUCUUUUUAUAGACGCUAUGAUAAUGUGGUUGGAGGUGGAGGUGGAUUUGGAGCUGCCAAUGGCGGUGUGGGUGGAGGUGGAGGUGGAGGCGGGCGUAUUAGAAGCAGCCCCGUCAGCUCCCGGUGGACCUCCCGCACCAGCUCCUGACUAUACAGAUGAAUUGGACAAAGCCGUAAGUCCGGAAAAAGUGGAGCUGGAGAGGACCUACUUCCCCGAAACGUGGCUGUGGGAAAUCGUUGUUAUUGGCGAGAGUGGCGAGACGGUGAAGGAGGUCGAACUUCCGGACACCGUGACGACGUGGGUGGGCGAGGCCAUCUGCCUCCAUCCAGAGUUGGGCAUCGGACUAAGCCCCAAGUCCUCCAUCACCUCCUUCGUGCCCUUCUUCCUGGACCUCAGUCACCCAGCCACCGCCCGCAGGAACGAGAAGGUCCCCGUCCUGGUCUCCGUCUUCAAUUACCUGACCGAAAGUCUGCCUGUAAGUGAUGGGGUCCCAGGGACGGAAUUGCAUUCCUCCCAAGAAGGUCUUCCUGUCAAUGGUGGACCGUUGAGUUGCUGCCAAGCGCCGAAUACACGUCCCGACAUAUUCGACGAAGACCUGCGUCUCCGGCAGCGGGAAGGAAGUGGUGCAGUCCUGGUGGUGCCUCUGGAAGGCCGGGGGGACGUCAACCUCACCUUCAGUGCCUCCAUCGACACUGCCGACGGAAGUUGCGGCGGGACAGUUGACGUCAAAAGGAGCGACGCCGUCAUUCACCCUUUGAAAGUGAAAUUCGAAGGAAUAACUAAAGCAUCGACACAUGGACAUUACUUAUGUGGCAAUGACAGCGCCUUUACGUGGUCCGUCGAGAGUUAUCCUGAGACUGUCAACGGCUCAGAUAAAAUUUACAUCUCUGCUUCCGCUGACCUCCUAGGACCGACCCUUGAGAACCUGGGAAACCUGAUCCGAAUGCCUUAUGGCUGUGGUGAACAAAAUAUGCUGUUUCUUUGCCCCAACAUAUACGUGAUGCAAUACCUGGCAUCGUCAGGUCAGCUCACUCCCAGCGUCGAGGAUCAACUUCUGAACUACAUGAAAACAGGCUACCAGCAAGAGCUACUCUACCAGCACACUGACGGAUCCUUCAGCGCAUUUGGUAAUUCGGACGCCUCAGGAUCUACUUGGCUCACAGCAUUCGUGCUGAAGUCCUUCAGUCAAGCCGAUAGUUACAUCACUGUGGAUGAAAAUCUCCUCCUUUCUUCCAAAACUUGGCUGCUGUCACUUCAAAACGAGGACGGCUGCUUCCAAUCCGUCGGCUUUGUGAUCCACACUGACAUGCAGGGAGGUGUCGAUGGUUCAGCAGCGUCGCUCGCGCCUCUCACGGCCUACGUCCUCAUAUCUCUCCUGGAAGGGAAUCUGACAGUGGACCCCCAGGUCAUAGCAAACGCCGUCGCUUGCAUCACCACAACCACCACGAGCAACAGCACCUAUAUCAAGGCCCUGACGGCAUACGCUCUCUCCUUGGCGGGCGACAGCAGCGCUGCUGCUACGCUCAUUUCAGAUGUGUACAACAGUUUGACAUCAGGAAGUCCAGGUCUGUCUCAGGCUCUGACGGUUGAAGCUGCCGCCUACCUCCUUCUGGCCAUGCUGAAUGAAAGUCCAGGAUUUUACACUACCUGGGCGUCCGAUAUCGCCAAGCUUAUAUCAACUUACCACAAUGGACAAGGAGGAUUCGUCUCGACACAGGACACAGUGGUUGCUCUGCAGUCCUUUUCGCAGCUUUCAGCGAAGCCUUCCCGCCCACAGGAACAAAAUAUCACCAUAUCAGUCACUGCUGGAAGUCAGUCGUUUGACAUUGAGAUCAAUUCAGAGAACCGUCUUGUCCUGCAGACCAGCUACGUCACGGGCGACCCACCUUUUGACGUCACAGUGACUCCGUCUGGGAGUGGAUGCGCUCUCGUCACGAUUACCCACCAGUACAACGUCAAAGAAGAGCCAGAGAGCUCUGCUUUUAAAAUGUCUGUCAAGACGGACAGAGAAAACUGCUCAUCUAACAGUUCCCUGGAAAUUUGUGCUUCUUACACCAAUGAGGACUCCGUAUCCAACAUGGUUGUCAUGGAGAUCGACCUCCAAACAGGAUACUCGGCAGAUGAGGACGACUUGAGAGGUCUCGUCGCUCAGCAAAUCAUCAAGCGUUACGAGGAGAAAGAUGAGAUUGUCUUCCUUUACCUUGAAUCGGUCGGUGGCUCCGAAGUCUGUGGCUCCUUCCACGUCCUGAAGGGCUUCGAAGUCCAAGAUCUUCUGCCCGGCACCGUCACCCUCUACGAUUAUUACACACCUGAAUUCAGGCUGACUCAGUCAUUCGAAAUUGAAGACACAUGUGAGUCAGCGUGAAGUGUGUGCUUGGCUCCUUUUGGUAAACGAUGGAUGGCAAAUGACUGCACUGCAAUAUGUACAAAAACAGUGAAAAAAACAAAUUUUUUUUAGUUAUUGGUCUUAGAGACGCAUCCCAUUUCAAACAAAAAUGUUAAAGUUUAUAUUGGUCAUUAUUUCUGAUUUUAUCGGACACGAAGCCUUCCUCAUUUGAUUUCUGAAGGUACAUCAAUAACCUGGCGACCAUUUCCUUGUUUUACGGAAAAUAUCCAUGAAAAAUGUAAAAAAUGAACAGCUUGUUUAAAAAAAAAUUCACUUUGACAGAAAUAUCAAACUGUUCUGGUGCACCUGGUAUGACACUUGCCUUUCCUUUAGCGGUUAUGUCACGAGCAUUUUCUCUUUCCUUCUCUUCAGCCCCCGCCCCUCCCCCCCUUCAGAUUUAUCAGUCUUCUCCUUUCACCUACCUUCCGAACUGCUUUUAUCAUCAGUCACCUCUGCAUUUCAUAUAUUCGAACGGUCACCACUAAUUUGCAUCAUCCCUGUUUCUGAAUGGAAUCAGUCCUUUCCAUUGUCUCGUCUGAUUUGUCAUCAAACUCUUUUGUUUGGUUCAAUAAUAAAACAAUAUUUUGAGUGUUUGGUUGGAUUUAAUGGUGGAGGAGGUACAGAGUGCUUUUAAUCCUUAUUAUUAUUUUUAUUUAUUAUCAUUAUUAUUAUUCAGUACUAGAUGAAACCUAUCCAUAUCUAACAAGACCACCAAAGGGCCACUGCCUUGAUAUUCAAGCUUCCAAAGAAUAUUAAGGUGUUCAUUUCGAAUAAGUAAGAGGAAGUAAAGUGAAAUACAGAAAGAAGAGAUCCACUUAUUAAGAGAAAAUUUAUUGAUAAAUAGAUAAAUAAAUAAUAAAGGCAUUUAAAUGCAAGAGGAAUAGUAUUAGGGUAGUAAGGCUUUGCAUUUUCGCUUGAACUUCUGAAGUUGCAAUGCACCAAGCAACUCCAUCAACCUAUUGCAAUUGUUAUUUGAAAAGGAUUCCAAGAUCAUGGACCCUGAAUGAGUAGUAAACUUUAGUAUCAAUAAAAAUUUUAUUAAUUAUUCUAUCAGACCAACAUCAUCCACUUUAUAUUGGUUCACUGUAAAUUACGAAAUGGUUAUGUCACUUUCAGUGGUUUUUUAUAAUCCAUUAUUGUAUCUUUUGUUGAAUAUUAAGUUAUUUUUUAUAUAUUCUAAGAAAUCAUCUGUUAUAUCUUGGUAAAAAUUAUUUGACUAGGCUGAAUUUUGUGUUUAAAAUAAUUCCUCAAAGA